GAAGACUGGCUCAACUCCACGUGGUUGUGUCCUCAGCUGAACUAAAAGCUCUGUACAAGCCUCAUGCUCAGUACAGUACAGAGUGCCUAUACGUACAUCACCAUGAAGCCAUGUUUUCCGUCAUCUCAGUGGAAGGAGGUGAGAAAUGGCAAGGACAACUCCACUGUCUUCCAUUUCCUUUACUCCCAGCAUCUGAAAAAGUGUCUAAGUGAUGGCAACAAAGUGUAUUCUGUGCCGUCCUCUUCACUGUGGUCUGGAAUCCCUGCACUCACGUCCGAGCAACUCUUAUUACCCGGUACGGACAUUAACGGCUUGUCGAGGGGUAACCAGAUUGUCUGCUUCACUGAACACUCAAGUGGAACGAGUUGUACCCAAGAUGUCGUGGAAUUGAACGCAGAUCGUUCUGAUGACUGUAUGAUAAUUGAGCCUAAUGAACGAACUACUCCGAGACAUUUAGGCAGUGCCAAUACCAUGGUAACGCCUAUGGGAACAAAAAAUGAUUUGCUCUCAAAAUUGACAACAGUGGACUCUGGUUACCAUGCUUCUACGACCUCACCUGUUUUGAUUUGUGGCAGCUCUGUCGACAGUGUUGAAGAGACUGAUGAUGAAGAAUGUAUUCUUGAAAUCUGCAAGUCGCCUCUACCUGGACUAUCCUCCAUGCGUCACAGACUAUCUCAAUUGGCUGACUCAGCGAAUGCCCUCAGUAGUCAACCCUCGACAAUUGAAUAUUGUAGCCCUGUCAUAUCGAAUCAAAGUUCUUCAGGAGUGCUAUCUCUGGUAUGUUCAAGAGAAGCUCCUCUUGGUGAUGAACGUACCCCUUCUCCUCCUCAGCUACUGGACCUUACUUUAGACGAAGGAAUUGUGAUUGAUGAAUCUUGUGAUAGCAAUGAUGAUGUUGUUAUUGUGAAGGUGGUGGAGGGGAAAGGGGGUGUGAAGAGGGAGGGUGGUGCAGCACUGGUGUUAACCAAUCAGGUUGCAGUCGUCACUUGCUGUGGGAUUGUUCUGACUCAAGCUGACUUGGACACUCUGAAACCUUCUCAAUGGCUCAAUGAUCAGGUUAUAAAUGCGUUUAUGAAGCUGCUCAUGAAAUUCUACAACCCUCCUCCGAGUGCUAAAGGCUCUAAGGUCAGAGUCCACGCCACAAGCACCUUUUUCUACACCAAGCUUCGUUCAGCUGGCUAUGCCGGUGUGGAGAGAUGGCUAAGGAAGGUGGAUAUGCACCGACUGAGACUCUUGUUAGUGCCUGUCCACCUCGGCUGUCAUUGGUGUCUGGCAGCUGUCGACUUUAGAAACAAGAGCAUUGCUUACUUCGACUCUAUGGGAGGCAAGAAUAUCUCGUGUCUAAAGAGGUUGAAGCGGUUUCUGGUGAGAUGUGGUCUUGAGAAGAGGACAAGACAUGUUAAACACUGGAGGGUCUACUUUCCAGAGAAUGUCCCCCGACAAAAUAAUAUUAGUGACUGUGGAGUGUUUGCUUGUCAGUUUGCCCGCUGGCUGUGCAGUACCAAACUGAGACCGUCUUCAAAGUCCUAUUCCGGCAAGAUCCCAUUCUCUCAUAAACACAUGUACCAGUUUAGGUUAUUAAUGAUUAAACAGUUGAAAUAUGAGCAGUUACAUCCUACACUAUUGUGAACUUUUUUUCAUUCGUUUUUUCAAUAAUUAUAUACUAUUUUGUCAAACAAACAAUUACAAACAAAGUAUAAAAAAAUUAAACUCUCUGCAAUAA